UGGGAUUGAGGGGGAAAAGCCCCCAUUAAGUAAGUGAUGGCCAUUCAAUAAAGAGACUGAAACACUCGCCUACAAAUAACGAUAAAUGGCAAGGCAGCUCUGAAACAUAGGCCGGACUGAAAGGGGGUGAAUGGGGCCGAAGUCCCCCCCAUUAGUUGCUGCCUGCCACUUCCAGCACCUCACCAAGAUGCCGCCCCGCAAGAAGCAAGAUGACAACGAGAAGCAGACUCGUAUUGCCAUCGUCAACACAGAGAAAUGCAAGCCCAAGCGAUGCCGGCAGGAGUGCAAGAAGUCGUGCCCUGUGGUGCGCAUGGGGAAGCUCUGCAUUGAGGUGACGCCGAACGACAAAUUGGCAUCCAUCAGUGAGGAGCUCUGCAUUGGCUGCGGCAUCUGCGUCAAGAAGUGCCCGUUCGAGGCCAUCAUGAUCAUCAACCUCCCAAGUAACCUGGAGAAGGAGACGGUCCACCGCUACAACAAGAACUCCUUCAAGCUCCACCGCCUGCCUGUGCCACGCCGAGGGGAAGUCCUGGGGCUGGUCGGCACAAAUGGUAUUGGCAAGUCCACUGCCCUCAAGAUUCUCGCCGGUAAGCUCAAGCCUAACCUGGGGCAGUUCGCCGACCCACCAGACUGGACUGACAUCCUGACCUACUUCCGCGGCAAUGAACUCCAGAAUUAUUUCACGCGUAUCUUAGAGGACGAUCUGAAGGCAAUCAUCAAGCCGCAGUACGUCGACCAGAUCCCCAAGGCAGUGAAGGGAGCUGUCAAGGACCUGCUAAACAAAAAGAACGACCUGGGAAAUAUGGAGGACAUCCUUACUGCUCUUGACCUGCGUGCUGUCCUGGGGCGUAACAUUGAGGAUCUGUCUGGUGGGGAGCUCCAGCGCUUCGCCAUCGCCAUGGUGUGCAUCCAGAAUGCUAAUAUUUACAUGUACGAUGAACCGUCUUCGUACCUUGAUGUAAAGCAGCGUCUGAAUGCCUCCCGGGCUAUACGUUCCAUGGUGAGGGCCGACAACUAUGUGGUUGUGGUGGAGCACGACCUGGCUGUCCUCGACUACCUCUCGGACUUCAUCUGUUGCCUCUAUGGCCAGCCAGGAGCUUACGGGGUGGUCACUGUGCCCUUCUCCGUGCGUGAGGGGAUCAACGUGUUCCUCGAUGGGUUUGUCCCGACAGAGAACCUGCGAUUUAGGGAGGAAUCGCUCACGUUCAAGGUCUCAGAUCAGUUGAGCGAGGAGGAGAUCAAGCGCAUGUGUCGGUUCAAGUACCCAUACAUGACCAAGAAGAUGGGGGACUUCCAGCUGACAGUGGAGGCCGGAAACUUCACUGACUCGGAGAUCAUGGUGCUGCUCGGAGAAAAUGGGACUGGCAAGACGACCUUCAUCAGGAUGUUGGCCGGGCGGCUGGACCCUGAUGAGGGCAAGUCAGAGCUGCCGGAGCUGCACAUCUCCUACAAGCCGCAGAAGAUCAGCCCCAAGAGCCAGUCAACCGUGCGGCAGCUCCUCCACGACAAGAUUAGAGAUGCGUACAUCCAUCCGCAGUUUGUGACGGACGUGAUGAAGCCCAUGAAGAUUGAGGAGCUGAUGGACCAGGAGGUGCAGCAUCUAUCUGGAGGUGAGCUGCAGCGAGUUGCCCUCACACUCUGUUUAGGAACGCCAGCGGAAGUCUACCUGGUUGAUGAGCCCUCGGCGUACCUGGACUCCGAGCAGCGUCUAGCGGCCGCCAAGGUCAUCAAGCGGUACAUCAUGCACGCCAAGAAGACGGCUUUUGUUGUAGAGCACGACUUCAUCAUGGCAACCUACCUGGCAGAUCGUGUCAUUGUGUUUGAGGGAUUGCCGUCCAUCAAAACCACCGCCAACACUCCCCAGACCCUCGUGUCUGGCAUGAACAAGUUCCUGGAGAUGCUGGGGAUUACUUUCCGCCGUGACCCUAACAACUUCCGGCCGCGCAUCAACAAAGAUGCCAGCCAGAAGGACACCGAGCAGAAGAGUUCUGGCAACUACUUCUUCCUCGACAUAGAUGGGAAGGGGGAGGGUAAACAGAACUGAGGGUCGCCGUAGUGGUGUCUGGCGAUAUUUUUGAAGUGCAGCCCCGGCCCACGGCCAUUAAAUUUGAGCCACGCAGUGCUAAGCUAAAGUGGAGAAAGGAAGGUAUGAAGGAAGGCAGUUGGGUGUGUGCGUGUGUGUGUUUUUCAUGGUUCAUGGUUCAUCUCAAAUUACCAUCAUUAGUCAGAGGAGGGAGAGAAGGCUUUCUGCUGCUGCUGCACCCUGCCCAUCCCCCGUGGCCUCCCAAUAGAAUCAAUAGAUGUUAUAUAUUGGCAAACUACUCUCAUGUGUUUUAGUUGGUUAACUUAAUUUUGCUAAGAUCUCUAAACCUGGCACCAGUAUUGUCAGGUGAAUGGCUUCUAAAUGUCCUUGUCAUCCAGCUUUGCUAAAGCCCCAAUGGGGAAGACUAGAAGAGUAACCUGUCAUUAUGUCCUUCACUUGUCUUGGUGUUGGGUGAGCUCUGCUGGCUCCCACCUUUGUCUCAGUGGCUUGAGGCGAAGGUGCUCUUUUAAAUCAAUUAGGGACCUGUAUAUUGGUAAUGGUUUUUCAAGGGAUCACUUCAGUAUGACAUACAUAUAUAUCUAGGUACAGUAGUUAUUCAGUAUUUGUUAUUGUUGACAUUUCUUUCAAUUUAUCCUGACAAUCCAUGUUUCAAGGUAGAUCCUCUUCACUUUGCAAUGAUGUGCUGUCAUUGUAGACAAAUUAUUUUUACCGUUUGCCUGUGGAAGCAAGUAUAAGGUAUGUAACAACACUGGCUCCACCAAUGUUUUAAAGCAGAAAUAAUUAUAGUAUUUUGAGUACAAUUGUAGGUUAGUCUUGGGAGCCACGGUAUAGUGAUGGGCAGGCCCCACGAGGGACACGCCAGGGCCUGGUGUCGCCGGCGGGCAGUAGCCCCUCUAAGCUGGGAAAGCAUUAGGGCUGAUUUGUUUUGGUACUUUUCACCUUGCAUUCCAGACCCUCCCAAUAGGUAGCAGUGCCACUCCUUCCUCUGGCUUCAUCUCACUUCAUCCAUCUGUACCACCAUUCCACAGCCUUGCAUCCUGUUCUGUGUGUGAGGGAUGUACCACUACUUAAGGCUCUGUACCCAUUCCACGGCCUUCAUCCUGUGCUGUGUGUAAAGGACAUACCCCAACACAAAACUAUCCAUUCAGAAGGGAUGAGUCAGUGAAUAGCAGUCAAGAAAAGAUGUCCCAAGAUGUCAGCCACCAAAGUACACUUGCCUGCAAGGGCCUGUGACUUCUUUUAAUAAUGCCCUAUGGCUUUAAGGUGGCUGGUUGGUUUGUUAUAACUUUGCUAUCUCUGCCUUACCUUGCUCAGCUGUGACCACCAAAGCUCAGCACAUUGGGCACGGGGCAGUGAUAUCAAUAUACAGCAAAAGAUUUAAAGUCUUACUUCGCAACAAGGUUUUGGUCCACAGCAGGUUUUGUGGUCAGUGUUUCCUGAGAUCAGCCAACUUACCCUCAGGUGAUAUAAGGUUCGGGUGGUUUCAAGAUCAUUUCAUAUUGCUGACCUGAGAAGUCUGUUGGUCACCAAGAUUACCUACAUUUGUUACAUGUUACUAUUGGUUUUCCUAUGAAUGUGAAUAACAAUAACAAAACUUGAAUCAUA